AUGGUAAUUAGCUAGAUUCUAAGAAUAAAAUUACAUUUGUAGGAUCUAUGUCAAAAAUCAAUCCAAUAUCUUUAGUAAAUUUUGAAAAUUUUGAUUUAAAAAUUACAGAUGAAUAAUAGCAACUACAACUAAAUUAAUAAAAAUAAGAAUCAGAUAAAUUAUAAUAAAAGGAAUCUAUUGCUUUUAUAAAUUACUUGCAUUAAAAAUAAUAAUCUUAAAGAGCUACGCAAUCAAAUAUAAACCUAAAAAGACCUGAAUAUGAUUAUCAAGGAAGUAAAUUAUUUAUUUAAUAAUAAGAAAAUGAUAUAAACAACCAAAAAGUUUAGAACUUUUAGUCUUUAUCUGAUAACCAAAGCAUUUAAAGCAUAUAUCUGGGUUCAAAAGAUAAUAAAUAGGAAUAAAAAUUGGAUUAACCUAACAUCAUUACUGAAUAUAAAAAAACAAAUAAUAUUGAAGACAAAGAACAAAGUAAAGAAUAAUAAAAGGAUAUAGUUGAAAUAUUAAAAGGAUCAAAAAAUACUCAAAAAUUAAUGCAGACCUCUUUGUUGA